UCUCACAAGUCAUGACAACAAUGGCGAAUGACGAAGAAGAAAGCAAACUUCAAUGUUUUCUCCAGUGGUUACAGGUUAACGGAGUCCAACUUCGCGGUUGCAAAAUCAAGCUCUGUGAUUCGAAUAAAGGGUUCGGGAUUUUCUUCGUUAAUGAUGUUUCUUCUGAUGCUUUAGGGGUUCUACUAGUGGUUCCACUUAAUUUAGCAAUAACACCUAUGAGAGUGCUGCAAGAUCCUCUUAUUGGGCAAGAAUGCAGAGGAAUGUUUGAAGAGGAGGAAGUGGAUGACAGAUUCUUGAUAAUCUUGUUCUUAACUAUAGAGCGCCUCCGUAGGAAUUCUUCGUGGAAGCCGUACCUCGAUAUACUUCCAAACACUUUUGGUAAUCCGCUUUGGUUUAGUGAUGAUGAGCUUUCAGAGCUGAAGGGAACAACAUUGUAUCGAGCAACAGAAUUGCAGAAGAGAAAUUUGCUGUCUUUAUAUGAUGAUAAAGUGAAGAGUUUGGUGAAGAAACUUUUGACUCUUGAUGGAGGUUCAGAAAGAGAGGUGUGCUUUGAAGAUGUCCUAUGGGCAAACUCUGUAUUUUGGGCUCGCGCUUUAAAUAUUCCUCUCCCACAAUCUUUUGUAUUUCCACAAAUUGAAGGAACAGAAUAUGGUAGCUCUUCAAUUGAAAAAAGUACCAACUUGUCCACAAAUAAUUGCUUGGGGGAGUUUGUCAAAGGAAUGGAUGAAAAAAGAUAUCAGCUAUAUGAGGUUGAUAGCCAAGUAAACGGAGAAACAUCCACUUCAGCACAAGGGGAGACUGUUUGGGUUGAGGGUCUUGUUCCUGGCAUUGACUUUUGUAACCAUGAUUUAAAGGCAACCGCAACUUGGGAAGUGGAUGGAACUGGGUCAAUAACUAAACUUCCUUCCUCUAUGUAUCUUCUUUCUGCUGGACAAAGUCCCUUCCAGAUGGACAAAGAAAUUACAAUAAGUUAUGGGAACAAAGGCAAUGAGGAACUGCUUUAUUUAUAUGGGUUUGUCCUAGAAAAUAAUCCAGAUGAUUAUCUCAUGGUCCAUUAUCCGGUGGAAGCAAUUCAGAAUAUUCCUUUUUCUGAUUCGAAAGCACAGCUUCUUGAAGCACAGAAAGCUGAAAUGAGGUGUCUUUUAGCUAGGAGUCUGCUGGAUCAUGGCUUUUUCCCACAAGGCGUCCGGAAAGAUGAACAAGAUGAUAAACACAAACGUGACCAAGUAUCCAGCUAUAGCUGGAGUGGCCAGCGCAAGAUACCAUCAUAUGUAAACAAAUUGAUUUUCCCGGAAAAUUUCCUGAGUACCUUGAGGACCAUAGCCAUGAAAGAAGAUGAGAUUCUUAAGGUUUCAGCACUACUGGAAGAGCUUGUUGGAUCGGAAGAAGAGCGACCACCAUCUGAUACAGAAGUUCGAGCUGCUGUGUGGGAGGCAUGUGGGGAUUCAGGAGCUCUGCAGUUGCUUGUUGAUCUUCUCAACAUCAGGAUAACGGAACUCGAAGAACAUUCUGGAACAGAGGACUCCGAUACAGAUUUGCUAAAAAGGGCAGAGGUUUUUGAGAGUGGGGAGCAGUACAUUAUCAGGGAGAGCAAAGCCAGCGGAGACACCGAUGACUCUGCAGAAGGCUACUUAAUUAGCAGAAACAAGUGGUCAAGUAUAGUGUACCGGCGAGGCCAAAAACAACUCACCCGUCUAUUUUUUAAGGAAGCUGAGCAUGCCUUAGAAUUAGCUCUAGCUGAACGCAACUAAAUUCCCUGCUUCUGCCAGUUAUUUUUUUAUUCUUAUUUUAUUUUAUUAUUUUUUUCCUACUUCUAAAUAAUACCCAUCUUUUUACAAUUAUAAAAGUAUACAAAGGCAAAGCUUGUGUGCCAUUUCUUCUGUCUCACUGUAGCUAUCAUUAUUUACUUCAAAAUUUUGUUA